CUCCCAGAGACUCUGUCAAUGUUUCACACGGUUCUGUAUGUUGCUGGCACCUGGUGUACAUUGCACCUCCUCACACAGGUUAAUCUCCCUGAUGAACUGGAAAGGUGACAAUGGAGGGAGAAAAGAUGGAGAGGAUGCAGGGAGAGGGAGAGGUGGACCACCUGGAGCGACCAAGCCCACUGACGGACAAGGAGAAGGUGAUGAUCCAGGACUCCUGGGCCAAAGUCUACGAGAACUGUGAUGAUGCUGGGGUGGCCAUCCUAGUCAGGCUGUUUGUGAACUUCCCCUCAUCCAAGCAGUACUUCAGCCAGUUCAAGCACAUCGAGGAACCGGAGGAGCUGGAGCGCAGUGCCCAGCUCAGGAAGCACGCUCACAGGGUCAUGAGUGCAAUCAAUACUCUUGUGGAGAGCCUCGACAACUCAGACAGGGUGGCUUCAGUGCUGAAGCUGGUUGGAAAGGCCCACGCACUCCGACACAAGGUGGAUCCUGUGUACUUUAAGAUCCUCAGCGGUGUGAUACUGGAAGUCCUGGGAGAAGCGUUUUCAGAGGUCGUAACACCAGAGGUGGCCGCAGCGUGGACGAAACUCUUGGCUACAGUCUGCUGCAGCAUCACAGCCGUCUACGAGGAAGUGGGCUGGAACAAGCUGCCGGCUUCAACUGGGUGAAGCUUUGAGUCGGGCUUUUUUGGACAAUGAAUAUCCAGAGAUUUUAAAGUUUUCUGGCCUUGAAAGGGAGGGAUUGACUGUUCUGAUGUGUCUUAACAGAGGUUAUCUGAAAAUAUACAGGUCAGUGUAAUCUAAGAUAAUCAUGAGCUGUGGAUCAUAGAUAGGACCAUGCCCUUUGACAGCUGUGUAAAUCAAGGCUCUUCUUGUAUUUUAUACUCUUGUAAAGGACCAAACCAUUUAGAGAGUAGAGCAAAGACAGGAAUACAAUCAUGAACCUAGCAGAGUUUAAGAGGUCACAUUUGACUUGGAUGUGCCUUCUACUGAAUGUGUACAGCUGGAAACUGCCAUUAUGAUGAUGUACUUUCUUAAAAUCAUUUAAUGUUUUCUUUUGUCAUUCCUCUCCAUGACACAUUUUUACUUUUUCAAAGUUAAUCCGGAUGAUCUAACAUUUUUUCUCAUCAUAACUCACCUUUGUAUCUGUGUUUGAUUACAUUUUUAAAUAAAAUACUUAGAAAAC